GGUGAGCCCGGUCCCCAGCCUCGGGCCUCUGCCCAGCUCCAACACAUCGGACCAAACACACAUCACUAAAUCAUGUCUGGACGCGGCAAAGGUGGCAAAGGCCUCGGCAAGGGCGGCGCGAAGCGCCACCGCAAGGUCCUCCGGGACAACAUCCAGGGCAUCACCAAGCCCGCCAUCCGCCGCCUCGCGCGCCGCGGCGGCGUCAAGCGCAUCUCGGGCCUCAUCUACGAGGAGACCCGCGGCGUGCUCAAGGUCUUCCUCGAGAACGUCAUCCGCGACUCCGUCACCUACACGGAGCACGCCCGCAGAAAGACGGUCACCGCCAUGGACGUCGUCUACGCGCUCAAGCGCCAGGGCCGCACGCUCUACGGCUUCGGCGGGUAAAUCUACCCCCGAGCCCGGGCCGCCGCGCCGCCGCUGAUCAAGACCAGCGGUGGUUGCCCACGGCCCAUCUCAUUCACACCCGGUUUCUUCUGAAACCACCCUUUUUCUACGAAGACUGCUCUACGCCUUGUGCCGCUCUCCCCGCCUUCCGUGCCGCGCGCGCCGUUCGUCCUAGUUACUUACUCUCACUUCUAAA